AUGGAGACUCGCAAGACGAAGCUCGGCGAGGACCAUCCCUCCACGCUGACCAGUAUGGCCAACCUGGCGUCGACGUUUUGGAAUCAGGGCCGGUGGGAAGCGGCCGAGCAGCUCGAGGUGCAGGUGAUGGAGACUCGCAAGACGAAGCUCGGCGAGGGCCAUCCCUCCACGCUGACCAGUAUGGCCAACCUGGCGUCGACGUACAGGAAUCAGGGCAAGUAUGUAGAGGCCGAAACUAUGCACCGGCGGGCGUUAGAAGGGUAUGAGAAAGCGCUGGGACCAGACCACACGUCGACCCUCGACACUGUCACCUGUCUUGGUGUUCUAUAUCGGGACCAAGGCAUGCUGGACCAGGCGGAGCAAAUGUACCAGCGGGCACUAGCUGGGUACGAGAAAGUGCUGGGACCAGACCAUACGUCGACGUUGGAUACCGUCAACAACCUCGGCAAUCUCUACAAGAGUCAAGGCCGGCUCCAAGAGGCAGAGGCAAUGUACAAACGAGCGCUGGAAGGUAAGGAGAAGGCGUUGGGACGAGAACACACGUCGAAGUUAGAUACCGUCAACAACCUCGGUGCCCUCUAA